AACCUAGAAUAUGGCUAUGUAGAUAUUCAUUGAAGAGAGAGAGAGAGAGUAAGAGAGAAUAUGUGUAAAAGAGAAAAUGGUGCCAGCUAUGAAUUUGAAGGAUCAAAGCUUUCUCUUAUUAAGCUGUCAUCUCUCUCUCUUCCUUAUAGGGCUCUGUUUCUCUCCACAUUCACGCACACAGUGUCCCUCUCUCUCUCCACAUUAUUAAAUCACUUGUCUUUCCUUUCUUCAAAACUUGGAAGAGAAGAAGCAAGGAAUUUCGAGAUUUCUUUUUUUUGAUGAUGAUUUAAUCGGUGCAUCAAAUAAAAAGCUUCUUCCUCCAAACAAACAAACAAACAAACAUCAAUGGCGGACGUUAAUGGCGAUAAGAAGCACUGGUGGUUCACUCACAGAAAGCUUGUUGAUAAGUAUAUCAAGGAUGCAACAACUUUAAUGGCAAGUGAGGAGGCAAACGACGUCGCUUCAGCUCUUCCUUUACUAGACGCAGCGUUAUCCAUAUCCCCGCGUUUGGAAACUGCGUUAGAGCUUAAGGCUAGAUCUCUGCUCUUCCUCCGUCGUUUCAAGGAUGUCGCCGAUAUGCUUCAGGAUUAUAUCCCCAGUCUUAAACUCUCCCUCAACGACGAAGAAGGAUCCGCUUCUUCUCAAGGCUCUUCCUCCGACGGACUCAACCUUCUCUCCGACGCCUCUUCGCCGGGCUCGUUUAAAUGCUUCUCUGUUUCCGACCUGAAGAAGAAAGUCAUGGCAGGGAUUUGUAAAAAAUGCGACAAACAAGGGCAAUGGAGGUAUGUAGUGUUGGGUCAAGCUUGUUGCCAUCUAGGACUAAUGGAGGAUGCCAUGGUUCUGCUUCAAACCGGUAAACGCCUCGCCUCCGCCGAGUUUCGUCGCCGGAGUAUUUGCUGGUCCGACGAUAGCUUCCUUCUCCUCUCCGAAUCCUCCUCUGCUUCUUCUCCACCACCCGAGAGCGAGAAUUUCACCCAUCUCCUCGCUCACAUCAAGCUUCUUCUCCGUCGUCGCGCCGCUGCAAUCGCCGCUCUCGACGCCGGACUGUUCUCCGAGUCGAUCCGUCACUUCUCCAAGAUCGUCGAUGGUCGUCGCCCUGCGCCUCAAGGAUUCCUCGCCGAAUGCUAUAUGCAUCGAGCCGCAGCUUAUAGAUCCGCCGGUAGAAUCGCGGAGGCGAUCGCCGAUUGCAAUAAAACCCUAGCUCUUGAACCUUCGUGUAUCCAAGCGUUGGAGACGAGAGCCGCGCUCCUGGAAACGGUUAGGUGUUUUCCAGACUCGCUUCACGAUCUAGAACACUUGAAGCUUCUCUACAACACCAUUUUACGCGAUCGGAAGCUUCCAGGCCCGGUGUGGAAGCGGCACAACGUGAAAUACAGAGAAAUUCCUGGGAAAUUGUGCGUUUUGACAACGAAAACACAGAAACUUAAGCAGAAAAUCGCAAACGGAGAAACUGGGAAUGUCGAUUAUUACGGCUUGAUCGGAGUCAGACGCGGAUGCACGAGAUCGGAGCUCGAUCGAGCUCAUUUAUUGCUGUGUCUCAGAUACAAACCCGAUAGAGCCUCGUCUUUCAUCGAAAGGUGCGAGUUCACCGAUCAAAACGACGGCGAUUCUGUUAGAGAUCGAGCAAAAAUGUCGUCUCUAUUACUUUACCGUUUGAUUCAGAAAGGAUACUCUGCCGUGACAGCGAUCAUAGCCGAGGAGCAGAGGAAGAACACCAUUGCUCAAGCUCAAAAGAUUGAAGAACGCAAACCGGUGGAAAAAUCAGUUCCCAUCAAGAUAACCGGAAACGCUGAACCGAAACCGGUAAAUUCCAAUGCGUACCAAGGAGUUUUCUGUAGAGAUCUCGCUGCUGUUGGGAAUCUACUAACCAGGGCUGGUUUUAACCAUCCAAUCCCGGUUAAAUACGAAGCUCUCACCUGCUAAAAAUGUUCUACCAAGUCAGCGAUCGAAAAUGACGUUUCCGUAGAUUCGUCUUCGUACAGAAAAACAAAUCAUUCAGCCGUCAAAAAUAAGAAAUAUAUAUACAUUUGAUGUAUGAAUACAAAUGAAACAAAUGUAUUUAUGUUUGGAAGAUUAUUCCACUACAGGAAAUUUUUGUCACUUAUAUCUUCUUCAAUGUUCGUCUCUUUGUUUCUUCUUCUUCUUCAUGUGCAUAUAUAAUGACAGAAGCUUAAUUUGUU